AUGCCUCUUGGGACACCGACACUUGCUGCCUCGAUUCCAGAGCCACAGUCCGCUAGUCACCACUUUGAAAGCGAAUGGUUCGUGACCCAAAAUGCUGCGUUCUCCGUAAAGAGAAGUUUUAGUCCUAAGCCUUCGAUCCUGGAGCUGGCAGGUUUGUCUCUGUUGCUGGUCUUCGUGCUCGCCGAUGAGACAUUGCGGCUGGCAUGUAUGCUGGCGGCCUCGGCGCUGCUCGCGAUGGCGCGGCUUCUUGGUGUGGCCGGGGCUGCUGCGCGGGCACCACGCUGGUCCUGUCCGCGCGGUCGCCAGCUUUUCCUCGAGCUGCUCGGAAUUGCUUUCUGCGCACUGGGUGCUGCUCUCGCGGCGGUGGGGCUGGGAGAGGAGAAUGACAGCUGGGUGAUGAGCCUCAUUUUGGCGAGCGCUGCGCAAUUCCGGCAGCCAGGAAGGCACGGACUCCAAUGGAACAGCUUUCCGUUGCAGGGUAUCCACCGACGAGUCCGCGCUGGCAUUGUCGGGCUCUUGGCCUCCAGCUUUGCUUGGUCCUUCGCGUGUUUACUGCUAGGAUGGCUGUUCUUUGGGAGCAGUGCCUGCGGAGCCCUGGGCACCUGGCUGAUCACCGGAGCAUUCGUGUUCAGUUCGGUUGAGCUUCAAGGCAUCCUCAUGCAGGAUUGCACGUCCGUCGUGCUGGCCCGCGGGCCCCUCCCCACGCAGGAGCUUUUGGAGGCACUCUGCCAUCCUUUAGGAAAUCAUGGCCCGGGGCUGGCCAGGUGGGCGGCCCUGACCAGUCUGGCUCAGGCUGUAGCCUUUGAACACAAGGGCCAUCGCUUCCAGUCGCAGCUCUACAGCUCCCCACAGGUGCCGCUGCUGGCUGCAGAGGUCUUCGGCUUCUCGGGUGUUGUCAUGCCGUCUCCCACGAGCUCCACGCCUUGGACUGCGCCUGCAAAGCCGCUGAAGGCCCCCGUCGCAGAGAACCGUGGGCUCUUCGCCGUUUACCUGCAGAGUGCUCUGCAGGUUCUCCGUGAGUUCAGCGUUCGUGUGCAGUGCCUCGUCGCCUCAUCUUGGCGGCGUGGACCCAAGGCCUUGACAGCCUUCCAGCUCCAGGUGCUGGAAGCAGACGUCGUAGAGCUCGCACCUCUCAUGAGGAUUGCAGCAGCUGGACUUGCUGGCUGGAUCUGUCUGAGUCGCGACCUGGACGAGCGCGGCGUCGUCCAGCGUGAGGAGGCCCUGAGCAAGGUGAUCUACGAACUCUGUGGAUCUUUGCGAGCUUUAGAGCGAGCUAUGUCCUUGCGUGGCUUUGUGGACCUCAGCCAUUCCACGGCCUGUGCACUCUCCGGCGCACAAGAAGAGGCAAAUCUAGGGCUUUGGGUUGCGCGUAGAUUGCGGUUGGAUAUCGUGGUGUUCACGGGUUUGUUCCAGUCUUGCGCGGCUUUGUUUGUUCAUGAUGCGCUGACUGCCUGA